UAACCUCUGAUUCUCGACUCAUAAAUUGCAAUUGCGAUUGUUUUUUUUUAUUGUUCCGGAAAGGUUUUGCGUGCGCCAUGUGCCAAGUGCGGUUGAUUGGUUUCCUGAUCUCCAUGCUGCAGAUCAGCUAUAUUCGCGGUCAAAACCUGCCAUACGUCGCCUGUCCAAAUAUUUUUCGGUAUCUCGAGUACAAUAAUGAGUACAUAGGUCAUUUAAUGCUAGUUUUGGACAGUUCGUACGCCGAUAACGUAGUGGGUGUUGAACUUUCCCACCCUGGUCGACAGGCUCCGAGAUCCCCAGGAUCUAUUAAACUGGCAGUGAACGAGGAAUCGCUCGACUUUCGGUUGAAAAACAAUGUACCCAUCGAUUACCGAAUUGACUUUCCCACGCAGGGUGUAGUUCCCAAACUUACAAAGGUUACGUUAAAUGGAAAUAUAGUGUGCCAAUCUAAUCCGAUAAGACAGCCUAGCACCCCUAUAAAAUUGUCAUCAGUUCUGCGAUCAACUGUUCCUUUGGCGGCUCUUCCAACGUUUCAGCAGGCGCAACCUCAAUGGUCUCAGACUCCUCAACAAAACACAACAAUAUUUGUGGACGAAGAGCCUCAGCAAAGAAGAAUCCCACAACAGCCCCCUUCAAGGCCGCAACCACAACCUGUGCCUCAGUUGCCACAAAUCGAAGAAUAUCAAACAACAGCUAGACCAACAAUACCACCAUUGAUACCGCCAGUGCAGAUUGAGAAAUCCAUUCCCCAGACAAUCGGACAGCUAAGCGGCAUUUGCGGUCGGGAAAAGACCAUCCAGACGCCGUUCAUUCACAAUGGAAUUACGGUGGAGCGCGGUCAGCUGCCCUGGAUGGCGGGUCUCUUUGAGCAAGUGGGCAGGGACUACAACUUUUUGUGCGGAGGAACCCUGAUCUCGGCGAGAACUGUAAUCUCGGCUGCUCAUUGCUUUCGUUUUGGCAGCCGGAAUUUGCCAGGUGAAAGGACUACGGUAUCGCUAGGUCGUAAUACCAUGGACUUGUUCUCACCUGGUAUCACAUCGAGCGUGUCUCUACUUUUGCUGCACGAACAGUACAAUCCCAAUGUAUAUACCGAUGCAGAUUUGGCUCUUCUGCAGUUAACAAAACAUGUCAUGUUUGAUGAUUACACCAAGCCCAUAUGUUUGUGGAAUGAGAACUUCCUGCUGGAACUGCCCUCGGGCCACAAGUCUUAUGUGGCUGGUUGGGGUGAGGACGAGAAGGGCAACCGGAACACACGGCUAGCUAAGAUGACGGACACGGACAUCAUUACCCAGUCGGAGUCGGGAAAUCUCUCCAUGGAGAAUGCCCGUUUUAUCACCUCACAUACGAUCUGUGCCAGCAAUGCUUUGGCUUCAGGACCCUGCAGCGGAGAUUCGGGAGGUGGACUGAUGCUUCAAGAGCAGGAUAUCUGGAUGCUACGCGGUGUCGUUUCAGCUGGACAGCGAAUGACCAACAGAUGCAAUCUUAAACUGCCUGUUAUCUAUACGGAUGUGGCCAAGCACCAUGACUGGUUGCUCAGGAACAUGUGGUUCUGAGAGAUUAUUCAAAGGAGCAGUACAUUUUAGUGUCAAAAUAAAUGACUAAGCUGGAAGAACUCUUUUAUGCUACAGUGUAAA